UAAGCAGAUGUGUGAGUCGUCAUCCAGGAAGGUCCAACAGGACCGCCCCGUCGCGGCUGCAAUCCCUCAGACCAACAGACCAGCGGUGAGUUUUCAGGACUGCCUCCAGGAACAGGAUCACACUGCAAAACAACUCAACUAGGUAAAGUGUUUAUCCAGUGAUGUGGGCUGAAAAGCUGGGGAAACAGUUGGGCCACCCGACACAAUCAGUGUUAGGGUGGCUGGUCAGUAGGUUCCUCACAGCCCGCAACCGCAUUCUGGAAGAAAAGGCUGUGCAGCUGUGUGGGAUCCGACCUGAGGACACAGUGCUGGAGCUGGGUCAUGGCCCGGGUCUGGGUCUGCAGGCAGCAGCCAAACUGCUCACAGAGCCCACAGGACAUCUUAUAGGGGUGGAUUACUCAGCAUACAUGCAUCAGAUGGCAAGUGAGCAAAUGAAGGAACUUGUGGCCAGUGGGAAAGUGACCCUACAUCACUGUGAUGUAGCAGCAAUGCCUCUGGCAGAAAGCACUGUGGAUAAAGUCUUUCACUGUAACUGCUACUACUUCUGGCCUGACCUCAGGAAGGGAGCCACAGAAAUACACCGGGUCAUGAAACCAGGUGGUGUGAUGGUGACUACACUGAGGCUGUCAAAUAUUGUUGCUUUUGCAGCAAAGCGAGUGUUCCCCGGGGAGAACUGGCGUCCAGAGACCUACAUGACAGCUCUGAGAGACUCUGGCUUCACUGAUGUCAGAAUGGAAGACACACAACACAAAGACAUUACGUUUCAGGCUAUCUACGCCACUGCCUCAAAAUGAGAUUUAAAUCAAAGUGUUAUUGCUAGAUUGUGUGUAUUCUAUCCAACUUAUUCUGGGGUUUAUGUAAAAUAUACCUAAAAUAUGGUU